AUGCAUUCUCUCCCUUCAACCUCGUGCAUGGACUCGUACAUUUCUGACCCAUCACACACACACAAAGAGAAAAGAUCAGAGGACACGGCGUUCUCGUCUCUCCGCGGUUCCUCCUUCGCAACUCCUAUCCUCUUUUCUUUUUCCCUUUUCCUCGUAGCUUCUGUUUCAAUGCCGCAAAGGGAAAAGGAGAAGUCAAACGCUGCUGAAACGGCAGGGAGGACGCAGUUUUGGAAGUGGACGUUGCUCGGCGUCUCCGUGGCGUUGGUCGUUGGGGCGGCGUGGCGGACGGUGUACAUGAGCAACCAAAAGGAACUGCAGCUUCGACGUGCGCUGCGCAAGUCGCAGCAGCUGCAUGACGCCCUGACGGAAGUCCCCGCUCGGCGGUUCUCGACCUUGGAUGUUCGUCCGGCUGCCGCGCAGAAGAAUGAGCUGAUGGAGCGGUAUGCUUAG